CAACGAAGUUCGAAAUUCUUUAAAAUCCUGUCUGUCUGUGUCUCUCUCGCUCGCUCUCUCUGUGCGCUCCCUUCCGAUUCCUUCACAGCAAAGCCAACCGCCGUCAUUAAUCAAAGCGCCAGCAACACCAUUUCUUCCCUCUUUCUUUCUCCUUUCUUCACAAAACGCUCCUUAGAUCUCCGAAUUCCAAAUUACCAACCUUCGAUUAGGGUUCACUUCCACUUUCUCUAAUCCCUAGUGCCUAAAAAAUGCGUCGUUAACAACUUGGCGUAAGGGAGAUUCUAAAUUUUGGGGUUUUUGGUGGCCGCGAGAAAAAGGAAUGGGGCAUGGAGGGGUUCCGAUUUACUUAUACGUCAUCGCUUUCUUCUGCACAUGCGGAGCUAUUGCGUUGUCGCUUCUUCACAUUUAUAGGCACCUUCUCAAUUACACCGAGCCCACUUUUCAGCGCUACAUUGUUCGCAUCGUCUUUAUGGUUCCGGUUUAUGCGCUGAUGUCAUUCUUGGCUCUUGUUAUACCUAUGGGCUCAAUCUAUUUUGAUUCCAUCCGGGAAGGAUAUGAAGCUUGGGUUAUUUAUAAUUUUCUAUCGUUGUGCCUUGCAUGGGUUGGUGGUCCUGGGGCGGUGGUCCUAAGUUUAAGUGGUCGGAUUCUAAAGCCAUCAUGGUUUCUUAUGACUUGUUGCUUGCCUCCUCUACCACUGGAUGGGCGUUUUAUACGGAAAUGCAAGCAAGGCUGUUUGCAGUUUGUGAUUUUGAAGCCCAUUUUAGUUGUUCUUACACUCAUACUUUACGAAAAGGGGAAAUAUAAGGAUGGCAAUUUCAGUCCAACUCAGUCGUACUUGUAUCUUACAAUCAUAUAUACAAUUUCAUACACAGUGGCGCUGUAUGCUCUUGCUUUGUUCUAUGUGGCAUGCAGGGAUCUGCUUCAGCCAUUCAACCCAGUACCAAAGUUUAUCAUAAUAAAAUCUGUUGUGUUCCUGACUUAUUGGCAGGGUGUCUUGGUCUUUCUUGCUGCAAAGUCGGGAUUCAUCAAGGAUGCAGAUGAAGCUGCUCAACUUCAAAAUAUUAUCAUUUGUGUCGAGAUGCUUCUUGCUGCUCUUGGGCACUUCUAUGCAUUCCCCUACAAAGAAUAUGCCGGUGCUAACAUAGGUGCAUCCCGUGGUUUGUCAGCUAGCCUCGCACAUGCUUUGAUGUUAAAUGACUUCUACCAUGACACGGUCCACCAGUUUGCACCAACGUAUCAUGAUUACGUUCUCUAUAACCAUGAUGGUGACGAGGGACCUAGGAAGUAUCGAUCCCGAACCUUUGUUCCAAUUGGUCCAGAGAUGGAAAGUGUUAGAAGAAACAAGCCCAACAUUGCAAGUAAGUCUGAUGAUGCACGGCUCUCAGGUUUCUCGUCCGAUAGCAACAGUCCCAAAGAUUCUGGUCCCAAUUCUGGUGCUUCACAUUCUGGUGCUGCAAAAUCUUCCUUGCUUGUUGAUACGUCAAAUUCUAUAUCUGUGCCAUACGAUUUUACGCUAAUUGACUUGGAUGGACCCAGUUACCCCUCAGCUAAUAAAUCUGGUAAUAGGUGACCAUGAGAAACAUCCCCAACUAAAGUUAUUGGGAAAAUGUGUCGUCAUUGCUAUGGAAAGAUUUAAUGAUGGGGACAUCCAACAAUGUUCUCUGUUCUAGGAGAGAAUUAUGGGCAAAAGUGUGGUUUGUUUGAUCCCGGCAAAGCAUUAAAGGCAAGAUCCGGGGUUAAAUGUUUGUAUCAAUGUUAGCUUAUUAUAAGCCUUAUCGCUGCUUCCAAGCAAAUCACUCCUUGAUAAUUGGUCUUGUGUCUCCAAUAUGUGUAUGAUGUGCAAAUUGUAGAUACAGAAUUUGUGGGCAUGCUUGAUUGAAACGUGACGGAUACUGAGCUAAAUCAGUGAAGAUGAACUUCUAAUUGUAUUUAA